GGAAACUGGAAGAAGCAAAACUGCCAAAAGGUGAAACUGAUAAGCUGAAGGAAGACUCACCCACUCGCACCCUCCGACCAACGAGAGCUUGUCGGCCAUGGCGGAGUUGGCGGAUCGGAAGCCGCUGCUUCCAGGGAGUUGCCCGGGGUGCAAAGUCGACCGCGUCAAGGAAGACCAGAUAGGGGUUCCCUACAAGAACUUGUCCUAUAUCUGGUUCGUCUCCCUCUGCACCGCUCUGCCGAUAUCAUCUCUGUUCCCGUUUGUCUACUUCAUGAUUAGAGACUUUCAUAUCGCAAAGAGGGAGGAAGAUAUUGGUUUUUAUGCCGGAUUCGUGGGAUCUUCUUUCAUGGUUGGAAGAGCCCUUACAUCUGUUUUCUGGGGGGUGCUAGCAGAUCGAUACGGGCGCAAACUGAUCAUUUUGAUUGGGACAUUUUCAGUUGUUAUCUUCAACAUUCUCUUUGGGCUUAGCACAAGCUUCUGGAUGGCAAUUGUUACGCGGUUUCUUCUUGGAUGCUUCAACAGUCUUCUUGGCACAAUAAGGGCAUAUGCUGCAGAAAUUUGCAAAGAUGAAUAUCGGGCCUUGGCACUAUCAGUUGUUAGUACGUCACGAGGCAUAGGACUAAUUAUUGGCCCUGCCAUCGGAGGUUUCUUUGCCCAGCCUGCAGAAAAAUACCCAACCUUGUUUGGUAAAAGCUCUAUUUUUGGGAGGUUUCCUUACUUCUUACCAUGCCUUCUAAUAUCCCUUUACGCUCUGGGAGUAUUCAUUUGUUGCUGGUGGCUGCCUGAAACCUUGCACACGCACGGCGACAUGGAAGAGAAGAAACCUGAUUCAAGUGAUAUGGAAGUUUCUUCUGGUGUAAGUGAUGGAAUCGGGGGCGUAACUGAAGAUGAAGAACACAGGUCAUCUUCCAAAGCUAGUUUAUGGAAGAAUUGGCCUCUAAUGUCCACUAUCAUUGUAUAUUGUGUGUUUUCACUUCAGGAGAUAGCUUACAACGAGGUAUUCUCAUUGUGGGCAGUUAGUGACAAGAAGUAUGGGGGACUGAGCUUUUCAUCCCAAGAUGUUGGUGAAGUUCUGGCAAUCUCAGGGUUUGGUCUAUUACUAUUUCAGCUUCUGCUUUAUACACCGAUGGAGAAAAUUCUUGGGCCAGUCACGAUCACUCGGCUUUCAUCUGCUAUAUCUAUUCCAUUGCUUGCAAGUUACCCUUACAUAGCUAUGCUGUCAGGAUCGAUCCUCCAUAUUGUAUUAAACAUUGCAUCCGUGUUAAGGAACGCUCUUUCUGUUUCUGUUGUCACUGGAAUAUUUAUAUUGAUCAAUAAUGCCGUGCCCCAACACCAAAGAGCAGCUGCUAAUGGAAUUUCUAUGACUGCAAUGUCUAUUUCCAAAGCAUUUGGCCCCGCCGGAGCAGGUGCCCUCUUUUCUUGGGCGCAGAAGCGACAAGCUGCUUCCUUUCUACCAGGCGAUCAGAUGGUGUUUUUCGUACUGAACUUGAUCCAGCUACUCGGUUUGGUCUUAACAUUCAAGCCUUUCCUAGCACAGCCCUGUGAAUGAAGGAGAACAAAUCGUGUAAUUGUUGCUUUCCGCAAAAAUCGAUGCUAAAGCGAGGCAUGAAGCAUGUGGGCAAAUUGCAACUCAAGGGCUAAAGAGAGCAUAGCAGCUACUUUCAUUCUCCGACUCUCCAUCAGGACACAAGGUUCUUGGCUUUUGCAUAGAUGUAAAUAUAGGUAUAGAUUUUAGAUAUAAGUUGUGAUCGGGAUGUACGCUCUGUUAUAUAAGUGAUAAGCUAUGGGCCUCCAUUGUGAUCGAAAAAAGAAAAAAUAAAUAGUGAUGCAUAAUAUGAGCUGUUUUUAUGACCGACCAGGAAAGGCGAAUGUGUUGAUACGAAGCCGGUUGGUCAUUUGAUAUGUCCGGUAAAUAAGACUAAACAAGAUGGAGCAGUAAGGAAGACUAUUGCCUGUGUUCUGCAUUCGUGUACACCAAUUGCUUGCUUAUUUAUCUUUCAAUAUAUAUAUAUAUGAAAUUAUUUCAUGGAUUAAA